AUGGACGAAGACAGCUCCCCCAGCGCCAUCACGCCCGUCGUGCACUCCCCGCGCCGGCCCUCCGCCCUCGCGCGCCGCUUCACCGCGCGGCUGCGCUCCCUGCGGCGCGCCUUCACCACGCGCGACGGCCUCGUCGGCGACUACGACUACGCGUUCCUCUUCCGCCCCAACCUGCCCUUCAUGAACAAGGGCGGGCCCACCAGCAGCCCCUUCUUCGGCGUCAACGACCGCAUGCCCGUCUUCCUCGCCAUGCUGCUCGGCCUGCAGCACGCGCUGGCCAUGCUCGCGGGCGUCAUCACCCCGCCCAUCAUCCUCAGCGGCAGCGGCGGCGCGAACCUCUCGGGCGCGGACCAGCAGUACCUGGUGUCGACGGCGCUGAUUGUGUCGGGUAUUUUGUCGGCGGUGCAGAUUAACCGCGUGCGCAUCCCGAAGACGAACUACUUCAUCGGCACCGGCGUCCUCUCCGUCGUCGGCAUCUCCUUCUCCACCAUCCCCAUCGCCCUCGGCGCCUUCCGCCAAAUGUACGCCAACGGCUUCUGCCCGUCCGACCCGGACACGGGCGCGCCGCUCCCCUGCCCGCACGGCUACGGCGCCGUCAUCGGCACGUCGACCGUCUGCGCCCUGACCGAGAUCCUCAUCUCCUUCCUCCCGCCCCGCGUCCUGCUCAACAUGUUCCCGCCCAUCGUCACGGGCCCCACCGUCAUGCUCAUCGGCGUGCACCUCAUCGAGAGCGGCUUCAAGGACUGGAUGGGCGGCAGCGGGUCGUGCGCCGACCCGGCCUCCGCGGGCGAGGCGGCGAGCUACUUCGCCCUGUGUCCGAAUAUCGACGCGCCGCAUCCGCUGGCCUGGGGGUCUGCUGAGUUUCUGGGCCUGGGCUUCUCCGCGUUUAUCACGAUUAUCUUGUGUGAGCGCUUCGGGUCGCCGAUUAUGAAGUCCACGUCCGUCGUCAUCGGCCUGCUUGUGGGUUGCAUCAUCGCCGGCGCGACGGGCUACUUUGACGCCACGGGCAUCGACUCGGCGCCGGUCGCCUCCUUCAUCUGGGUACGCACCUUCCCGCUGACCAUCUACGGCCCGCUGGUGCUCCCGCUCAUAGCCGUGUACGUCAUCUGCGCGACGGAAGCGGUCGGCGACAUCACGGCGACGUGCGACCUCUCGCGGCUCGAGGUCGAGGGCCGGACGUACGAGUCGCGCAUCCAGGGCGGGUUACUGGCGGACGGGCUCAACUGCAUCGUCGCCGCGCUCAUGACCAUGACGCCCAUGAGCCGCUUUGCGCAGAAUAACGGCGUCAUCGCGCUGACGCGCUGCGCGAACCGCACCGCCGGCAUAGCGUGCUGCUUCUUCCUCAUCAUCAUGGGCGUGUUCGCCAAGUUCGCCGCCGCGCUGGUCGCCAUCCCCAAGCCCGUCCUCGGCGGCAUGACGACGUUUCUGUUCGCCGCCGUGGCGGUGGCCGGUAUGGCCAUUGUGGUGCGCGGCGCGGCGUUUGACCGGCGCACGCGCUUCAUCCUCACGACGGGCCUGUCGCUCGGCUACGGCGCCACGCUGGUGCCCAAGUACUUUGACAAUGUGUUUACCUACAAGGGCGACAACCACGCGCUGCAGGGCUUCCUCAGCGCCAUCAUCCUCGUCAUGGAGACGGGCUUUGCCGUCACCGCCGUGGUGUGCAUGUUGCUGAACCUGGUGCUGCCGCCCGAGAUGGAGGAGGAUAUUGAUGCGCGGAAUGUUGAGCUCGUGGAGGGUGAGGGCAAGGGGACCAAGGGCGACGGCGAGGAUGGCGAGACGGAUGCCACGCCGAGGCGCUUGUCGCAUGGGUAG